AGGGAGAAGCAGCAGAAGAAGAAGAAGCAGAAGACAGUCUUAUUAGCUGUUUUGUUGCAGCCAUGCGUUUUAGCUAACAAAAUAGUUCAUUUAAAACAUCAUAUUUAUUUCUGAAUGUAACGUGAGGAAGAAGAGAGUCUUUACUACAGCGGUGUGUCUCGUUUUAAGGUGAUGCCAUGCUCUUGGAGCCCGCCGCAGCUGAAGAUCGAAGCGUUUGACCAAUAAAAGCCGCCAUCACUGCCGCCGCCGCCGCCACCAUGGGGACGACGAUGAGCGAGCCGUGUAUCUACGACAAGCUGUCCGAGAGCAUCGACAUCCUCCGCCAGUCGGGAUACCGCUACGGGAUGUCGGAGAGGGAGAUCGAGAGGUUCAUCAAGAGGGUUCUGGAGACCAACGAGCCCAGGAGAGAGCCGCCUCAGUUCCCCAUCCUGAGAGCCACCAUCAAGUUUGUGGUGGCAGUGGGCUUCCUGCUGGUGGUGGUCCUGGCCUUCACGUAUCCUCAGAGCGCCCCGCAGCUGGGUCUGGUCAACCUGGGCUGUUACAACUGGUCGUCCCCCCUCAGUCACGUCCGACUGCUGUCGCUGCCCAUCGCCAAGAAAUACAACCUGCAAGGUUUCCAUGAAUGGUGGAGUGCCGGCUCUCUCAGGAGUCUGGUCAACUGUUCGGGCUGUGCAGAGAUCUCCUCGGUGCUCGAAGUCCCAGAGAGCCUCAGAGGUACCGUGGCUGUGCGACGGGGGCCACAGCUCGUCCUGCUGAAGGGUGGGGAGUCUCUCAGCGUCCAGCGGCAGCAGCUUGAGGAGCUUUAUUUGGCUCAUUCAGGCUCCAUGUCCAUUCUGCUGGAGGAGGAUGACAGCCUGCAGAACCACAACCACGGCCUUCCCCAAGGACCCGCCAACUUCACCCUGCUCUGGAGGUUCAGCUCCGGGACCAGAGAGAAGGUGUUGCGGUGGCUUUUCCCGAAGGCAGAGCUCUGCCCCCUGCUGGACAGUGCAGGGACCAUCCUGCAGCGCUGUCUGGUCACCCACAGCACAAACUCCCAGAGCAAGGGUGUGGGCGUGUUGGGCUGGCUGGUGGUGGGCGAGGGGCUGCCGACAGUUCGAGUUCUGCCCGUUCAACGCUGCCAGAAACACUGCAGCUCCUUCAACCUGUGGCUGACACCUGGAGACAUGGUGUACGCCGACCCUCGGUACUGGCAGAUGGAGCUCUUCCCGGGUCGAGGCCAGAACAUCAUCUGUGACGGGUCGGCCUUUUAACGUUCAGACGGAGCGAAGCGAAGAAACAAAGAGGACAGAGUUCAGGACCAGGAACUCGCAACAUCAGCUGUGAAUGUUAGACUUCCUGCUGUGAGGCGUUUUUUGGAGCUGGUCGGCCUUUAACGUGGCCCCUGCCCAUCGUUGCCUUAUUAUACCUCUCCCCCUCCCGUCUUUUUUUUCCUUGACGCUGCUCUCUUCUUGAUAAUCCUCCCAGAGUCCCUCGGACAACUGAAAACAACUGCACACAUGACUUCAGUUUAGGGGGGGAGAGAAAAAAAAAAGGAACCUUCUGCUGGGCUCGAGGGGUCAGAGGAUUGAGAAAUGACUUUGUGACUUUGUCCUCGUGUUGAACAGCAGAUCAUCUUCUUCUUCAUCAUCAUCAUCAUCAUCAGUCUGUAAAACUCUGCAGACGUUAUCAGCUCUCAGAUGUUCUGGAUGUGCUGUGCUUGUGCCAUAGCUUCAAGCAGAUCUCUAGCAAUUAAAAAACACAUAUAUAUAAUUUUCAUGUGUGCCUCCCUCUCUCUCUCAGAAAGUAGUGAAUAAUUGAUGAGAAGCCUUAUUCCAGAUCUCUGAAUUUACGCCCACAUCUACGAUUUAUUCAGUAAAUCAAAAACAGGACUUGUCAUGUGCUCAUUAAUGAUGAUUUCCAGAGCUGGUAAAAAGAAAAAAAGAAAAAAAGAGGUUCAAUCAGAGCUUCGUAGGUGGGAUUAAAAAUGGAGACAUCAUCAUUUUUGUGCCACAGCCAAUUAAAUAUUCUUUCUUUUAGGUUGACUGGCAGAAAUAUAUUUGACAUAUUUGUUAUAUUGACAUGACAAAUGAUUAUAUUGAAGGGUCUAAUACGUCAGAAAGUCAGAAAACUGCUAACAUGAACUCCACAUCAGAGUGAAGGAUGAUGAGACACUAAAUGGACAUAAUUAGAGCACCUGCAGCUGAUCCCACGUUAACUAGAGGCUCAAACUCCCCCCGUUCACUGUGUGGCAUUUAGUUUGUGUUAAUCUAAUUAAUAUAAACUACAUUUUAUGAGGACCUUAAAGGCAGUUCCUGCACUUAUACCUGAUUUUGAGGCUCAAUUGAUAUACUUACAUGAUGCAUAUUCUGGAAAUAAAUGAGCAUCCAGUCAGUUUAGAAUCACACUAAGUUUGGGAACUCUCAACGAGGACCUGCAGCUCGCUCUUUAAUCCGUCCCCAGCUGACAGCUUCACCUCGUUAGUUUUUUGCAGUGCUUUCUGGGAGCUUUUCAAAUAAUGUGAACGACUACCUGCUGAAGUUGUGAGACACACCUGCAGCUUCACCUGCUGCUCCUCAUCCAGUUCUUUUCUCAUAGUUAAAGGGUCAGUUUGCCUAAGUUAUAAAACCACUUUUUCUCUGCUGGUGUCUUUAACAGCAUAUUAAUCAUCAGUCUUCUGGCCCCAAAUACUAUAAAAGUUAAUUUGAUAUCAAAAGAAAAAGUAAAUUCACAACAGUGUAAUUCUGGGAAAUAUAAAUGUCUGUUUUAUUCAGAGAAACCUCUAAUAAAGAUCAUAUUUGAUGUUUCAUGAGUGCCUGUAUUUAAAAACUGCUACUCAGAAUUUCAAAAAAUAUAACAAAAUUGAAAAUUAGCGUUAAACAUAAUUAUGAUUUAAAACCUAGAACACAUUUUCAACAGUUUCUUAAUACUUUACUUUACUAUACAUACUAUACUUUCAUACUUUAAAAACAGUUCAAUACUUUUUAACCACAUCAUUAGUCUCAGUGAAAACUCUCUAGUGUUUUCUGAGGAUUAUUCAGAUUUCACACGGUCAAUUUCUGAAAGAUGUGAUGCUGCUGAAUUUUUUUUUUGUCAAUACAUUUUAAAACUAAAUUCCAGUUACUUUCAUUGUUUGUAGGUGGACCCAGAAAUCUUAAUAGCAGAUGCCUCAAAACCUGAAUAAAUGAAACCAAAUCUGUCUGACUGGAGAGAAAACACUCUGAGGGAGGAGAGAGAGAGCAAAUGUUUUUAUUAUUUGGGUGAACUGACCCUUUAACAACUAGUUACAACUCAAACCGAACACACACACACACACAUACACACAUGAAGCUUCAGAGACAGAAAGGAUUUUAUUUUUUAUCCUCUGUGUUGUCGAUCAGGAUCGAUCAGAAUUUUCUUUUUGAUAUUGAUUUUACGGACUGUUUCUCUAAUUUCUGUCAUUAUUUAUUGUUAUAAUAGGAUGUGUAUAU